CUAGGCUUUGCUUUUACAAAAGGUCUCCCCAGUGCCUAGCUGCCCAGGCGCCCAGAGAGAGCCGGACCGAGGAGGCUGGAGCGGCAACCCCGGCUCCGUGCCCCGCCCAGUCCCUUUCCCCUGCUGGGGAUCCCCCUCUUCCUCGCCCACCCCCUUGCCCCCCAUGCAGCUCUGCGCCCUAUGCUAGCCCUCCCCCUCCCCCCCUCCAGGAGCGGGGCGCCGCUGGGGGAGGAGGGGGAAUCGGCUGCGGGUCCUUGGUGUUCUAGCACCCUGCUUCCCUCCAAGCCGGGUCGUGAUGUACGACUGCAUGGAGACGUUUGCCCCGGGUCCGCGACGGCUGUACGGGGCGGCCGGGCCCGGGGCUGGCUUGCUACGCAGAGCCACCGGCAGCUCCUGUUUCGCCGGACUUGAGCCUUUUGCUUGGUCGCAACCCACCAGUUUGCAAUCGGUGGAGACACAGAGCACUAGCUCAGAGGAGAUGGUGCCCAGCUCGCCCUCGCCCCCUCCACCACCUCGGGUCUACAAGCCAUGCUUCGUGUGCAGUGACAAGUCCUCUGGCUACCACUAUGGGGUCAGCUCUUGUGAAGGCUGCAAGGGCUUCUUCCGCCGCAGCAUCCAGAAGAACAUGGUGUACACCUGUCACCGCGACAAAAACUGCAUCAUCAACAAGGUGACCCGGAACCGCUGCCAGUACUGCCGGCUGCAGAAGUGCUUCGAAGUGGGCAUGUCCAAGGAAGCUGUGCGCAACGACCGGAACAAGAAGAAGAAAGAGGUGAAGGAAGAAGGGUCCCCCGACAGUUACGAGCUCAGCCCCCAACUAGAGGAGCUCAUUGCCAAGGUCAGCAAAGCCCACCAGGAGACCUUCCCUUCGCUCUGCCAGCUGGGCAAGUACACCACGAAUUCCAGCGCUGACCACCGGGUGCAACUGGACCUGGGGCUGUGGGACAAGUUCAGCGAGUUGGCCACCAAAUGCAUCAUCAAGAUUGUGGAGUUUGCCAAGCGGCUGCCCGGCUUUACAGGUCUCAGCAUCGCUGACCAGAUUACUUUGCUCAAGGCUGCCUGCCUGGACAUCCUGAUGCUGCGGAUCUGCACAAGGUACACCCCAGAGCAGGACACCAUGACCUUCUCAGAUGGGCUCACCCUGAACCGGACCCAGAUGCACAACGCCGGCUUCGGGCCCCUCACGGACCUCGUCUUUGCCUUCGCCGGGCAGCUCCUGCCGCUGGAAAUGGACGACACGGAGACGGGGCUGCUCAGCGCCAUCUGCCUCAUCUGCGGAGAUCGCAUGGACCUGGAGGAGCCCGAGAAAGUGGACAAGCUGCAGGAGCCCCUGCUGGAAGCCCUGAGGCUGUACGCUCGGCGUCGGCGUCCCAGUCAGCCCUACAUGUUCCCAAGGAUGCUCAUGAAGAUCACCGACCUGCGAGGCAUCAGCACCAAGGGAGCAGAGCGGGCCAUCACCCUGAAGAUGGAGAUCCCAGGCCCCAUGCCCCCCCUGAUCCGAGAGAUGCUGGAGAACCCCGAAAUGUUUGAGGACGACUCCUCCUCGCAGCCCGCCUCCCGCCCCAAAGCCUCUGGCGAGGAGGAGGUUCCUGAGGGCCAAGGCAGACGGGGUCGGAGUCCCCGGGCCGACCAGGGACCCUGACCCUGCCCCCCAUGGGGCUGGGCUCCAGGCAGUGGACUGACCAUCUCCCAGACACCCCCAGUGCCUGGGGGAAGACCUGCUCUGCCCUCUCCCCGCCCCUUCCACAGAGCUCCUUGUGGUCUUGUUUUUUAUUUUGCCAAAGUUUCCAGGGGUGCCUCCGUGUUCGUCCCCUUUCUGCUCGAACCGGCUCCCUCUUCAGGUUCUCCCCCGACCUCCGCUGGGGUGAGGGUCCUACCCGCCCCCUGCUCCCACCAGGAGAGAGGGCGGGGGGGGGCAGAAGGGGUGAGCCUGGGUGUUGUUGUGGACUCUGAAAAAAAAAAAAAUCUCAACGCUGCCCCAUCAGAUGCCAGGGGCCCAGGCUGGCCAGACAGACACGAAAAAGAUUCUGCCCUUUGACCCGUGACUUCUCCUGCCAGCUGGGUGCUCUCGGGCCCCUGGGGGACAAACAGGAACACUAGAGACCAAAAGGGAAAGGGCUGGGCCCACCCUCUCGCUCCUGCAGCCCACCCUCUUGCUCCUGAUGCCUAAUGCUGGGCGGUCAAGCCCGCCGCCCUCUUCGCCCUAGCCUUGUGUGCCAGGGCCUGGUGAGGGAGGGGGCGGGGCAGGUGGGGGCAGGCUGGACCAGGUUCACACGUACCCCUCUCUGCCUUGGGCGCCACCCAGCUCUCCUGGCCCCAUCACGUGCCUUGGGCUCCUCUUGCCUCCCAUCUCAGCCACCAGGACAGGGACCCUUCUACACUACAGAGGGGCCAGGGGAAAUCCCCCUCGCCUAGUGCCUUUUACCCUUGACCUCUGCCUCCCCCCUUCCCCCAGAGCAGCUUGGCCCAGGGGGGAGGGUGGGGAUGCUGCUUAGCUGGCCCCGCCCUCUCCCAGAGGAAGCCUCUAUUUAUUUAUUAGCUUUUUGUUUACACCCUGGAAUUGAUCCCCUUCCUUCUCCUCCUGGGUGGGGGGUCUUGGGAGGGGGAGCCCAGGGCCUCUGUGACCCCCCCCUCCCUUCUUCCUCCAAGCCCCCAGUUCGUAUUUAGCUGCCAAAUAAGAUUCCCAUGGGCUCCCCUUUUUCUCUGGGGGGUCAGGGUGCUGUCCCCUCCCUUCUGUUUACAUCCCUCCCUUUUGCUGUACUGCAUAUUGCUGAGUUUUCUAUUUUUGCAAAAUAAAGUGAUGGAAACUCA